GGGGAAGCUGCAAGGGAAGCUUGGCACAGCUGAGGGGAUCUCUGCACGGAAGGGGGCCUGUUGGCAGCAGACUUGGGUCUGGUUUGGUCACUGGGGUGACUGCCUGCAGUGCACUGACAUUAAUCCCCACUACAAGUGACUGGCACACAGGAGGGGAGCGUCAGGUGCACUGUUCUCAGUGCAAAUCAAAACCGUUUUCUCAUGUUCUGUUGAGGUGUGUGGUGAGGGAGAAGCUGGCUCCGCUGACUGGCACUUGACAAGCUUCUGUCUGUCCCUUGGAGGCUGUGCUAGAAAACAGGAGGGACCUGACUGCCAUGCGCAUAGCGGUGAUUGGGGCGGGGGUGAUCGGACUGUCCACAGCCUUGUGCAUCUACGAUCAGUAUCACUUGGUCGUCCAGCCCCUGGAAAUUGAGCUCUAUGCUGACCGGUAUACGCCACUCACCACCAGCGAUGGAGCAGCAGGGCUCUGGCAGCCCUACGUGGACAAUAAGAGAAAUGCUCAAGAAACGCUCUGGAACAAAGAGACAUUUGAUUACCUGUGUGGACACCUGAACUCACCGGAAGCAGAGGAAAUGGGACUCUUACCAAUUUCUGGCUACAAUCUCUUUACACAGCCAGUUCCAGACCCACCUUGGAAGGACAUUGUCCUGGGAUUUAGGAAUCUGACAGCAAAAGAGCUUGAACUCUUCCCUGGUUACAGCUAUGGUUGGUUUAACACAGCACUAAUCUUAGAGGGCAAGAGCUAUUUGCCUUGGCUUACCAAGAGGUUAAAGCAAAGAGGAGUCAAGUUUUUUCAUAAGAAGAUUGAAUCCUUCCAUGAGAUGGCUGCCAAGGGUGUGGAUGUUAUAAUAAACUGUACUGGGGUCCGUGCAGGGGAACUGCAACCAGACCCAGGGUUAAUGCCAGGCCGGGGACAAAUCAUAAAGGUCCUGGCCCCUUGGGUGAAGCAUUUUGUCAUGACUCAUGAUCUUGAAUCUGGAAUCUAUAACUCACCAUACAUUAUACCCGGGAGCAAGCUAGUGACCUUGGGAGGGAUAUUUCAGCUGGGAAACUGGAACGAAGAGAACAGCCCCCAGGAUCACAAAACAAUUUGGGAAAAUUGCUGCAAGCUGCUCCCUAGUCUCCAGAAGGCAAAGAUUGUGGAAGAAUGGAGUGGCUUCCGCCCUGUGCGCUACACAGUUCGGUUGGAGAGAGAGGCAAUUCGUCAUGGACCUUUAAAAUCAGAGGUGAUACACAACUAUGGCCACGGUGGUUUCGGACUCACCAUCCACUGGGGAUGUGCCAUGGAAGCCGCCAGGAUCUUUGGAAGGAUUCUAGAAGAAAAGAAGCUGGCCCGACCACCACAGUCCCAUCUUUGAUUUAACAGAAAUAUUCUAAUGAUCUUUCUCCUUUUUUUCCAUGGAAAAUCUGCGAUAGGCCCACAGCAAUAGUAGAGGAUGGAUGGAAAGAAACUGUUGGUUGUGUGCAGCAGUCACAUGUCCAACAAUAGCACCAGUAGCUAGGAAGUAACAGGGCAAAGGCAAAAAUAAAUAACUCAAUGAUGCAUGUUCUCUGUUUGAUGCCCUCAGCAGCUCCAAGACUGGUCUCUAGGGUACAGUUUUCGGAUUGUUACCAAUUAACUCCCUGUUGCUACUGUUUGCCAGGCAGAUGGCUCAUCCUUGCUCUGUUCAUAUAAACUACACCAUGGAAACAUAAAUAAAACCUGUAUUAUCGUA